AUGAAAAAAUUUAAAAUAAAAUCUUUUAUUUUUCCAUUUCCAACAUUAUUAAUAUUUUUAUAUAAUUUUUGUUCUUCCCUACAACAAUCACAAAAGUUUUGCCCAAUUUGGGUUAAUACAAGAAUUCAACAAUGUGUUCAGCCUGUAGCAGAUUAUGCUAAAGCAGUUAACAAUCAACAAAAAAAUGAGAAAGAAAAUUCUGAAAAUUAUUUGGAUUUAAAUAAAAAAAAUAAAAAUAAUUAUGAAAAAAUUCAGGGAAUUCAGUGGCCAACAAAAGUUAUUGGAGGGAAAAUAUUUCAAGAAUUGUGUCUGUUAAUUAGGCAUUUUGAACGUUGUGUGAGUGGUUAUAGAACUAAAUGUAGAAGGCAUAUAACUGUUAGCUUAAUUGAAGCAUCUUAUGGAUAUCUGUGUAAUGAGGGUUAUGAAAGUAUUUUAAAUUUUUGUUUUUUUAUUUUUCUGAUCCUUUUAAAAAUAAAAACCAGAAUUAAUUCAUAG